AUGGCAGACUCGGCACUGUGGCAAAAGUCUCCAGAGCUCUCUGACUGUCAAGAUGGAGCGAAAUGCCUCGACAAACGAAUCGAACCAAACAUAGCCGAUUAUUCGGAGAAAGAUCCGGCCACACCGUGUAGUGAAGUCGGGGAGAAGAUCACUAUCAUCGAAGACAUAUUCAAGGAAGGACCUCUUCCGAGCCAACCGGAAUACCCGAUAGAGGUUUCUUCAAAGGUUGGCCGAGCGCAAUGGCAUCAUUCACAAAAAGAACUACUACUAGAAAAAGAGAGAAAAAGUGGCAGUGUUGAUGUUCGGUCCAGCCAAGCAUUGAUUCAUUCGAUACUAACGCACACCCGUAUUGACGAACUAGAGAAGGAACUCAAAAAGUUGAAACAUCAUGUGCACAAUAACCCAGAAGAUCCAAACGCAGGUAAAUCGCGAAUGUUAUUUCCAGUCCACAAGCGGGAGAUUCGGCGGUCUACGAUCGAUCGAUUCAAGAUUACACAUCAGACAUACAAUACGCCCGUAGAAGAACGUCCGGUAUUGGAAAUUCUCGUCUCCAUAGAUCCCGACAAACUGGCGGCACAGCAGCAACUAGACUUGAGGUCUGAUAAGUCAGACGAUCCUUAUCUUACUGCAAGCCAAACUCCCGAGAAGUUGAGGAUACGAUCACCCCCACUGCUUCAACAUCUUGAGAAUGUAACUGGGGAAGAUGUUGAGGUAGGUUUCCGAAAUGACGACGACGACCGAAUGCUGUAUCCAGGAACGGUAUUUCUUCGCCCGUUCAAGUUGUUCGUCAAACACGAGAAACGAAUCAGGCAGAGCUUUGUGGACCUGCAAUCAGAAUUGGAUAAAAAGAAGGCUCUGAAUUCACCACACACAGAGUCCAAAAAACGUUCUGUCGGUGCAUACGAUCUUGACUUUGAAGACGAAGAUCUCCUUCAGGACUUGAAACUUCUGGUUCAAUUCAUCGACGUUCACCUCAAACCAACCUUCGACCUGAGACACAGCAUAGCGGAAGGCACCGCAACACACAUAGAAUAUGGGGACCUAUGGCAUUUGUUUGAUCAUGGGCUCAUCGUUGUUGAUCAAUCGAGUGAGAUGCGUGCCUACAGGGUCAUAAGCUUUACUGGAGGGCGAGAGCCCUUAAUAGACAUGAUGCAAAGCGAGGAAGACAGAACACCAGCCCUGGAUGGUUUCGCCGUCAACUGCAUCAGCCUUGCGUUCAAUGGGUCAGAUUAUGUGCCUAGGUUGCAUAGGUUUACCAUCAGCAAAUUUGGCGGCCAAAAACCAAUAUCUUCACUUGCCGUCUAUCCACUGGCAUUACACCCAAGUGGUGAAGUGUUGAGGAACAACCUGCAGCAACACGCGAAGCGGUUCUUGGAUAUCACAUCCCCACCAUUUUCACAUUACGUGAUGACUGGGAAGACGUUGGACGAGCCUUCACAUGAUGUGGACGCGCAAGUCAUCGUUGACAUGGCUGUGGCAUUCAACACCGUAGGAGAGUGGAGACCAUCCACGAAGGUGGAGAUCAGUGACCUCGCCAAACCAGAUAAGCGCGAGACAUUCUUGCGAAGCUUUUGCAAACACUAUUGGCAAAACAAUGAAGGGUGCUGUGGAGACGAUACUAUAUUCAAAGACCUGAAAAUGGAUCAACUACGACUUGACAGCUAUUUGCAGAACCACAGCUACCUGCUUGGCCCCCGGAAACGAGAUGAACUGGCGGAAGACGACCUCAUUCUGCUUCCCGAUCAAGUACACGGAUACAUACUUCGGAAUCGGCAGUGGAUUACGAUGAAGGUCGCUGAUUUGUCCGAGGUCGAAUAUCAAGAUAAUUUCAACGAACUGAUGUUACCAGAAAGGCACAAGACCUCAAUUCUCGCACUCGUAAAGACGCACGAGAAUGCCCGUGGGGAAAGAGGCGUAAGUGUUGGUGCAGGGUUAGAUAUGGUGAAAGGAAAAGGUACCGGUCUUAUUCUACUUCUUCAUGGGGAACCAGGUGUGGGCAAAACCUCGACCGCAGAAUGCGUAGCUGAUAAUACCAAACGGCCUCUGUACCCCAUCACAUGCGGAGAUAUUGGCGAGACAGCCAUGGACGUGGAGAGAAACCUGCUUCAUAACUUCAGUUUGGCCCACAAAUGGGGUUGCGUACUUUUACUCGACGAAGCAGAUGUGUUUCUUGCUAAACGAAGCAAGACCGACUUACGAAGAAACGCCGUUACAAGUGUCUUCUUACGCAGUCUAGAGUACUACGCCGGUAUUCUUUUCCUAACCACCAACCGGGUCGGCAGUAUUGACCCUGCUUUCAAGUCUAGGAUUCACAUGAGUCUAUUCUAUCCACGACUGAAGAAAGAGGAUACUGUCAAGCUUUAUGAAGUGUUCAUCAGACGCGCGAAGGCUGAGCAAGAGCGCUUGGGAGCCGUAACAUUCAAAAUCAACAAAAAAGAGAUAACAAAGUUCGCCAAGCAGCAUUUUCGUGAGAUGGAGAGGGAGGGUCUCGGAACGUGGAAUGGAAGACAAAUUCGCAACGCAUUCCAAGCCGCCAUUGCUCUGGUGGAGCAUGAGAGCCAGCAAACCGGACCAGGUGCACCUAAGCCAACACUCGGUGCCGCACAAUUUCAGAGCGUCGCAGAAUCAUCCAAGGAGUUCGACAGAUAUCUUAUCACGACACUCGGAGCCGCGGACUCGGAUAUUGCGAUGCGUGAGGAGUGGCGAGCUGAUCGCUUUCCCACGAUGGAUCAAAGUCGUAUGGAGGCUAUGGCCACCUCUAGGAGGCCCUAUAAUAGGAAACAUGGAUCCAAAAAGGUUGUUGUUGAGUCAGAUACCGACACAUCAACUGAGAGUGAUGAUUCAGAGAACGACACCAGCGGAGAUAAUUCAGGCUAG